AUGGCGGAACCGUCGCAAGAAGACGUCGACAGCUUUCUCAGCUUUUGCGAGAUCGUUACCGGCAGGAGACCCGACCCAAAAUUUGCGCCGCGCUACAUCAAGGAUGCCAACGGUGACCUAGACCGCGCCAUCAGCAACUUCGAGCAGGAUCCCAAUCGCUACGCCGCCGACAAGUACGACGAAACGCUCUUCUCGCAAGACCGUGAUGGCGGCAGCAACCAGUACGCCGGAAUACCUUCUUUCCAAAUCGACCACGCGAACGAGUCCCUCUCCCAAUACCCUCAGAGCACUGCUGCCACCCGGCCCAAUACCCCGAGUAACAGUAUGCACGAUUCCGACAUGGGAGACCCCCAGGCCCUGAAUGCAGGAGCCGGCCAGGAGACCGGCGUGGUGGGCGCAUCAGGAGUCCAGUUCGGCCCUGCGACCCGGGAGUACUACGAGCAGAACCAAUGGGCCAUGACAACCGUUUCCAGCACUGUUCCCGACCCGCCUCCGUCCCAGCGCAAGAGAGAACCUGGCGAACCCGCUUUCAUGAAACCUCUACCAUCCCAGGACUACCUCCCCUCACUCAUCACCAUUCUCAACACCAUUCCCAUGUCUCACAACGCACUUCUCAUGAAGAAUCAUCUCCUCCCGCAUUACGGCCAAGAUCCGCAAUGGUGGACAGGAAACCCCAUCGCCGUAGCCCAAACAAUUGACCUCGACGACGUACGCCAGGAAGAUGGACGGACGGAGAUCAUCCAUGAGACACAAAGAAUCAUGGCCUUCCUCGACUAUACCGAUCGUGCGUAUGGGAGCGUCGAACCCUUGAACAAGAUCGAGGGCAGCGUGGGGGAUACAGAAGCUGUGAGGUUUCUAGACGCUUGGCAAGCUGCUGCCUCACAGAUCGAGCCUGGUGCUGGGCACGACAAGCUUUUCGAAACUACUGCCCGAGAAAUCCUGUCUGGAGAGGUAUCCAGUGCAAGCUUUAAGUGCUUAAUGCCGAUACUGAGCAACCGCGGUGCUGAUGGACCCGCGUCGCUGUAUGACGUUCUAGACGAGACUAUUUGGUCCAAUGAUCUUGAUGGCUCGAAGGAUGUACAGGCGUCAAUUAGCAGUCUUGCUGAAGUACUAGUAAUGGUCGUAAAGCAGCCGGACUCGACUGCAACGGGCCUCAACAUGACCAUACCUUCGUCGUGGUAUGUCGACAGAUAUAUGGCCCAGAACGAGACAAAGGCAAAGCAGAUGAGAAGAGCUUGUGCGGAGAAGAAGAAGGAGUUCGCCGACAUCGAGGCGCAGACGCAACGAUACUCAAGAUUUCACCAUAACGGCACCUCUGGCAGCUCGCUGGACCUGUUGGAGGUAGCCAUGUCAGCUAUGACCAUGCAGCCUCUAAGCCCCACGGGCGAUCCUAUGCCUAAUCCCAACGCCGAACGCGACGCCAGAUUGCAUCAGAAAAUCCAGAGUGUCUACGAUAGAGUCAAGAGGAAACUCGAAGUGCUCAAAGCUCAGGAAGAAGAGGCGCGCAAAGCGUACGAUGAGCUUUCCGGCCUGCUCAAGGAGCCGAAAGAAGGAGUAGAAGCCAACCCAACGGUCAAAUACCGGCUUUGCGGCAUCUCAUCAGACCCUGCGGUGACGUAUAUCCAAAGUCGGCGCAAAUUCGACGUGGAUGAGAGCAUGGACGAAUCAGUGGCGGUGGGAAACGGAGACGCAGCACGGACUUCAACUGACUGGUGGAGGAUUCACUACGAUAGCACGGGCCAGAUAUCGAAGUCGCGCAUCUCUGAGGUUGACGCGCUCGCGGCAGCGGCUAUGGAAAAUCGCGAGGUUCUCCUGGUGUAUGCCAGCGAGGAAGCGCUGAACGAGCGGUUCGCAGACGUUCCUCAAGCGCUUGCUGAAUUCGUCUCCGGAGACAACAUGCUGUUCCGUGAAGAACUUGUUCAGGACGUGGAGCAACCUCCUCCGUACGACGGCAGCGGAUCAGUAGGUGGCGACGAAGACGCGGGCUUCGCAAACAUGUCGGCGAAGGAGUGGUAUGGAGAUGAACAGCAAAAGCAGCCUGAAAUGGCGGAGAGGGGAGCGGGUCUGGUGGCUGAGAUGGCGUCUGCAGCAAGCAGGGGUAGGGAGACGGAUGCGGAUGCAGCCAUGACUGAUGCGGGCGGCCCCGCAUCACAGCACAUUGAAUUCGCGGAUGGCAAGUAG